UAAGCAUUCCAAGAAGCCAUUUAUUAUGGUGGCUUCAGGUGCAUUUAAAGACAUUCGAAGUAGAGAUAAAUAUGAAAAUCUGCAACGUAAAUUAAAUGAGGGCGAGGUUUUCACCGAGUUUCGCUCAACUGGCGUAAAAAGUCAAAUGCCUUGUUCUGUUGGUUGUCAUGUAGAUAACCUUUCUCGAAAUCGCUAUCAAUCUAUUGUACCUUAUGACGAAAAUCGUGUACAACUGUCUGGAAGACCUGACAAUAUGCUUGGUUAUAUAAAUGCGUCUAGUAUAAAAUGGAGACGCGGUCUGCAUAAAUUGAGCUUCAUUGCAGCUCAAGCGCCGCUAAAAAAUACUGUCGAAGAUUUUUGGCAAAUGAUUUGGGAACAAAAGGUUUCUAUAAUAAUUAUGCUGAAUGCCAGGGAUGACGAGGAUAAACUUUUGUGUUGUCAGUACUGGCCUCAAGAAUGGAAUCUUGAUCAAAAAUUUCAGAGUGGACCGUUUACAGUUACUUUCCAUACGUAUAGGAGAACUCCCGAGUACUUUUUAGAUGUUCUGACAAUCACCAAUGCUUCUGGUGAGCAACAGCUAAUAAGUAAUCUUUAUUUCACUCAAUGGUCAGGAGAUGACUGUCCGUGUGAUUUAUCAAUUUUUGUCAGCAUUUUGGAAGAGAUUGACUCUGUACAAAAUCUUAUGCGCACUAAAGAUCCCGUCCAAGCUCCUAUCGCUGUCCUGUGUCAUGAUGGAGUUGGUCGUACCGGUGUCCUAAUAAUGUCUUAUAUUAUGAAAUAUUGUCUAAAGCAUGACAUUGAAAUGAAUAUAUCACACUUGCUUGGCUUCCUCCGCUCCAAUAGAAUGUUUAUGGUUACUUCACUAAAACAAUAUAUUUCCGUUCAUGAAGCUUUGAUUUAUUUCCUGAAAGGCUUAUUUGCUCCUUCAAAAUCGUAUCUCGUUGGUCCAUUUAGGAUCUAGUCUGAAAUUAAACGACUUUAAUCGUAUGGAAUUUACAUAUUUUUCUUUUGGAACUACAUUUUUCAUGAGUACUUUCCUGUU